UGGCAGUGACGUCAARAUGUGUAUAGUCCAGCCAAGAUGGCUGACAGCAUCCCGCUAAACCCGAUGCGGAAGGGCUYGGGAAAAAUUGCUUAUUACAACACUGCAAGACAUUCUAGGUAUUCUUUAGAAGAUGAACCCUCUAACUUGGACGAGAUGCCCCUGAUGAUGUCUGAGGAAGGUUUUGAGAAUGAUGAGAGUGACUACCACACCCUGCCUCGGGCCAGGGCCAACCAGAGACAGAGAGGCCUGGGGUGGCUCCUCAUGGGAGGCUGGAAGAUCCUCUGUGGCAGCUGCUGUGACUGCUUGGCUCGUAUGUGUCGGAGGACGAAGGAGCUGAAAGCCCGGACAGUGUGGCUGGGCCACCCGGAGAAGUGUGAGGAGAAGUACCCCAAGAAUGCCAUUAAAAACCAGAAGUACAACUUCUUCACCUUUGUGCCUGGGGUUCUCUACCAGCAGUUCAAGUUCUUCCUGAACCUGUACUUUCUAGUGGUGGCCUGCUCCCAGUUCGUGCCAGACCUAAAAAUAGGGUACUUGUACACCUACUGGGCACCUCUGGGCUUUGUGAUGGCUGUUACAAUGGUGCGUGAGGCCGUGGACGAGGUCCGACGGUACCAGAGGGACAAGGAGAUGAACUCCCAGCUCUACAGCAAGCUCACAGUGCGAGGUAAAGUUCAAGUGAAGAGUUCUGACAUACAAGUUGGAGACCUCAUCAUAGUUGAAAAGAACCAAAGGAUCCCUGCAGAUAUGAUAUUUCUAAGGACAUCAGAGAAGACUGGUUCAUGUUUCAUCAGGACGGACCAAUUAGACGGAGAGACAGACUGGAAGUUGAAAGUUGCUGUUGUUUGCACACACAGACUACCUGCUCUGGGGGACCUCUUUUCCAUCAAUGCUUAUGUCUAUGCCCAGAAGCCUCAGCUGGACAUCCACAGUUUUGAGGGAAACUUCACAAGGGAAGACGGUGACCCACAAAUCCAUGAGAGUUUGAGCAUUGACCACACCCUUUGGGCCAGCACUAUUGUGGCAUCUGGCACAGUGAUAGGGGUGGUGAUCUACACAGGAAAAGAGACCAGGAGUGUACUGAACACGUCCUCGCCCAAGAAUAAGGUGGGUCUGCUGGACCUGGAGCUGAACCGCCUUACCAAGGCUCUGUUCCUGGCUCAGGUGGUCCUGUCUAUUGUCAUGGUAGCGGUGCAGGGCUUUGUGGGCCCCUGGUUUCGCAACCUGUUCCGCUUCAUCGUGCUAUUCUCCUACAUCAUCCCCAUCAGCCUGCGUGUCAAUCUAGACAUGGGGAAGUCGGCCUACGGUUGGAUGAUCAUGAAAGAUGAAAACAUCCCUGGUACCGUGGUACGGACCAGUACCAUUCCUGAGGAGCUGGGCCGUCUGGUGUACCUACUGACUGACAAAACAGGUACUCUGACGCAGAACGAGAUGAUCUUCAAGCGGCUGCACCUGGGGACAGUAUCCUAUGGGACGGACACCAUGGACGAGAUACAGAGCCAUAUAGGGCGGUCAUACGCACAGCCGAGCUCCCAGACCCAGCAGUCCAACAGCAGCACCAGCUCCACCCCAUCCAGGAAGCCCCAGCCAGCCCAGGCCCCCAAGGCGGCGGCCCCCAAGGUCCGCAGGAGCGUCAGCAGCCGUAUCCACGAGGCGGUGAAGGCCAUCGCGCUGUGCCACAACGUCACGCCCGUCUACGAGUCCCCCGCCAGCGUCAACGGGGAGACGGAGUCCACUGCCGCCGAGGCCGACCAGGACUUCAGCGACGACAACCGCACCUAUCAGGCUUCCAGCCCUGACGAGGUGGCGCUGGUGCGGUGGACGGAGAGCGUAGGGCUGACUCUGGUGAACAGGGACCUGACCUCCCUGCAGCUGAAGACCCCAGCAGGACAGGUCCUAACCUACUACAUCCUGCAGAUCUUCCCCUUCACCUCAGAGAGCAAGAGGAUGGGCAUCAUCAUCAGGGAGGAGACCACAGGUGACAUCACGUUUUAUAUGAAGGGUGCUGAUGUUGCCAUGGCGAGUAUCGUGCAGUACAAUGAUUGGCUGGAGGAGGAGUGUGGGAACAUGGCCAGGGAAGGGCUUCGGACCCUGGUGGUGGCUAAGAAAUCUCUGUCUGAAGAGCAGUAUACAGACUUUGAGAACCGUUACAACCAGGCCAAGCUGAGUAUCCAUGACCGGGCUCUGAAGGUGUCAGCAGUGGUAGAGAGUCUGGAGAGGGAGAUGGAGCUUCUGUGUUUGACUGGGGUUGAGGACCAACUACAGGCUGACGUCAGGCCGACCCUGGAGCUCCUCAGAAACGCUGGGAUCAAGAUAUGGAUGCUUACUGGGGAUAAGCUGGAGACAGCUACUUGUAUCGCUAAAAGCUCCCAUUUGGUGUCCAGAAGCCAAGAUAUUCAUGUCUUCAGAUCGGUCUCCAACAGAGGAGAGGCCCAUCUGGAGCUCAAUGCCUUCAGAAGGAAACACGACUGUGCUCUGGUCAUCUCUGGAGACUCCUUGGAGGUGUGUCUGCGGUACUAUGAGCAUGAGUUUGUGGAGCUGGCGUGUCAGUGUCCAGCGGUAGUCUGCUGUCGCUGCUCCCCCACUCAGAAAGCCCAGAUCGUCCACCUGCUCAAGCAGCACACAGCCAACAGAACCUGUGCCAUAGGUGAUGGAGGUAAUGAUGUCAGUAUGAUCCAGGCAGCAGACUGUGGUAUCGGCAUUGAAGGAAAGGAGGGGAAGCAGGCAUCCCUGGCGGCAGAUUUCUCCAUCACUCAGUUUAAGCACAUCGGCCGGCUGCUCAUGGUCCACGGCAGGAACAGCUACAAGCGCUCAGCAGCCCUGGGCCAGUUUGUCAUGCACCGAGGCAUGAUCAUAUCAACCAUGCAGGCAGUGUUUUCCUCCAUUUUCUACUUUGCAUCAGUCCCUUUGUACCAGGGUUUUCUCAUGGUUGGGUAUUCUACCAUCUACACUAUGUUCCCUGUAUUUUCCCUGGUGCUGGACCAGGACGUGAAGCCAGAGAUGGCCCUGCUGUACCCUGAGCUUUACAAAGACCUCACCAAGGGUCGUUCCUUGUCUUUCAAGACUUUUCUCAUUUGGGUGUUAAUCAGUAUUUACCAAGGCGGCAUCCUGAUGUACGGCGCACUGGUGUUGUUUGAGUCUGAGUUUGUGCACGUGGUGGCCAUCUCCUUCACUGCGCUGAUCCUCACCGAGCUGCUCAUGGUGGCGCUCAACAUCCGAACCUGGCACUGGCUCAUGGUGCUAGCAGAGUUCCUCAGUCUGGGCUGCUACAUAGCCUCGCUUGCCUUCCUCAAUGAGUACUUCGACCUGGGCUUCAUCACGACACCAGCCUUCCUUUGGAAGGUGUCAGUGAUCACCGUCGUCAGCUGUCUCCCUCUCUAUAUCAUCAAAUACCUGAAGCGCAAGUUCUCCCCACCCAGCUACUCCAAGCUGUCCUCAUGAGCCAUUUUAAGCUCUAUCCUGCUUACACAACUCCCCUAAUCAUCUUUCUUACGCUCUCUAUGAUCCAACCUUUCUUUUCAGGGCUUUUUUUACUGAUCCACAGUGAUUGACAGACAGGGAAUCUAAAGAGGUCACUAGAAGCAAAAACACGAAUAGAGUAUUGUAUGGAUUUAUCUCACUGGAAUGUGGUAAUGCUUGUAAAGACAGCGCCACACAAAUGCUAAAAAGGGACUGGACGGGAAGGCUCGGGUCAAUUUGCCUUCUGUUUAAAUGCACUUCCAACCGAAUCGCUUCAAGUGUCUUUUUUAAAUUUUUAUAACUCGAUGACUAUGGUUUCCGCGUUUAACUUUUUGUAUAUGUAGUUCUGCAUAAAAAUAAAAGAAAAAAAGUGAUUUAUUCAA